AUGAAUCUGACGAGUUACUCCGGCUACAUCACCGUGGAUAAGAAGUACAACAGCAACCUUUUCUUCUGGUUCUUUCCAGCCCAGGAUGAGCCAAAUCAUGCCCCUGUAGUUCUCUGGCUCCAGGGAGGGCCAGGCAGUUCUUCGUUGUUUGGUCUGUUUGUGGAACAUGGACCUUAUGUUGUCACAAGUAAACUGACCCUGCAUGCCAGAGACUACCCUUGGACCAGAAAAUUUUCUAUGCUUUACAUCGAUAACCCAGUUGGCACAGGCUUCAGCUUUACCGAAGAUGCCCUAGGAUAUGCCGUCAAUGAAGAUGAUGUGGCGAGCAAUCUGUACAGUGCACUGAUUCAGUUUUUCCAGUUGUUUCCUGACUAUAAGAACAAUAGCUUUUAUGCCACUGGAGAGUCUUAUGCAGGGAAAUAUGUGCCCGCCCUCGCACACUAUAUCCAUACCUUUAACCCCACAGCCGACCUGAAGAUCAACUUGAAAGGAAUUGCUAUUGGAGAUCCCUACUCUGAUCCUGAAUCAAUUAUAGGGGGCUAUGCAACAUUUCUGUACCAAGUCGGCUUGUUGGAUGAAGAACAAGAAAAGUACUUCCAGAGCCAGUGUGAUGAGUGUAUAAAGCACAUCAAGGCGGGGAACUGGACGGAGGCCUUUGAAAUAUUGGAUAGAAUGCUAGAUGGCGACUUAAAUGGAUCUUCUUACUUUGAGACUGUAACGGGAUGUACAAAUUAUUAUAACAUUUUACACUGCGUGGAAUCUGAAGACACAGGUUACUAUGAAAAAUUUCUGUCACUCCCAGAAGUCAGAAAAGCAAUCCAUGUAGGAAACAAUACUUUUAACAAUGGAUCUAAUGUUGAAAAAUAUUUGCAAGAAGAUACAAUGAAGUCGAUUAAGCCCUGGUUAAUUGAAAUCAUGAAUAAUUACAAGGUUCUGAUCUAUAAUGGCCAGCUGGACAUAAUUGUGGCCGCUCCCCUGACAGAGCGCUUCUUGAUGACCAUUGACUGGAAAGGAGCCAAGGAGUAUAAGACAGUGCAAAGAAGAAUCUGGAGGGUCUUGAAAGCUGAUGAUGAAGUGGCUGGUUAUGUGCGGCAAGUUGGUGACUUCCAUCAGGUAAUUGUUCGAGGUGGAGGACAUAUUUUGCCCUAUGACCAGCCUCUGAGAUGUUUUGACAUGAUCAAUCGAUUUGUUUUUGAUAAAGGGUGGAUUAUUUAA